CAGGCCUUAAGCAUUAAGUAGGCCUUGAACAUGCUUACUGAAUACUGACAGCGAGUUCAAAAUUUAUGGUGAUUUCGUCUUUUUAAAGCAUAAUAGCAAAUAGUCGUAUCAUAUCAUAACAAUCUUUUAUUCAUUGAAUUUGAACGGUGCACUGUUGUUUUGAAACAAUGUCGGAAGAGCAACGACAAAAAGAAUCCGAAGUGGUACAAGAAUUCAAGCUAGACCCAGAUAAUGAACUUCGUUUUGAAGUUGAAAGCAAAGAGAAAGCCACCCUGGAAUUAAAAUCUGGAUUGGCGGAAGUAUUUGGAACAGAAAUUGUUAAAGGAAAAGUGUACACUUUUGGUGGUGGCUCAAAAAUUGCUGUGUUCACAUGGCAAGGUUGUCUUUUAGAAUUAAGAGGAAAAACAGAAGCUGCAUAUGUUGCCAGAGAAACACCUAUGAUCAUUUAUCUUAAUACCCAUGCUGGCCUGGAACAGAUACGGAAAAAGGCUGAUUCUGAUGAGACCAAAAGAGGGCCAAUUGCAAUGGUUGUUGGUCCAACAGAUGUUGGAAAAUCAACUGUUUGUAAAUUGCUACUGAACUAUGCUGUAAGAAUGGGUAGAAGGCCCAUAUAUGUUGAUUUAGAUGUUGGCCAGGGCCAACUUUCCAUUCCUGGCACUAUUGGUGCUAUGGCAAUCGAGCGUCCUGCAGAUGUUGAAGAAGGAUUUUCUCAGGUCUGCCCACUGAUAUACCACUAUGGCUACAAAGAACCUGGAAGUAAUGUGAUGCUGUACAAUUUACUUGUCACGAAGUUAGCCCAAACAGUGGCAGAAAGAAUGGAAGCGAACCGACAGAAUGCUGUUAGUGGUGUGAUUAUCAAUACUUGUGGUUGGAUCAAAGGGCAGGGCUAUCAAAUGCUUAUUCACGCUGCAAAAGCAUUUGAAGUUGAUCUAAUAAUUGUUCUUGACCAAGAACGGCUUUACAACGAACUAGUGCGAGACUUACCUGAAACUGUGAAAGUUGUAUUCCAACCGAAGAGUGGCGGAGUCGUUGAAAGAAGUCGACAAGCUAGAAUAGAGGCCCGAGAUCAGAGAAUACGUGAAUAUUUCUAUGGUUCAGCAGCCCAGUUUUACCCACACUCGUUUGAAGUCAGAUUUUCCGAUGUAAAAAUAUUCAAAAUUGGGGCUCCAGCCUUGCCAGAUUCGUUAAUGCCACUAGGAAUGAAAGCGGAAGAUCAACUUACGAAACUGGUCACCGUACAACCAAGUCAACAGUUGCUGCAUCACUUGAUAUCAAUUAGUAUGGCUGAAUCUGGAGACGAUGACAUCAUACAAACAAACGUCACUGGAUUUAUUUGCGUGAACAACGUCGACUUGGAACGGCAGAUGCUCACAGUUUUGUCACCUCAGCCCCGACCAUUACCUCGAACCCGAUUGCUCAUAUCUGACAUCCAAUAUAUGGACUCCCACUAACCUUUGCUGAUUGCUCAAGUCAAACACUCACAUACAUACCAGUAUUCCUAUCACACAAAGGACACCCUUAUAAAAUACUUAAAUGAAAAACCACAUGAUGAAACACUGCUCGAGGAAUUGGUUUAUCUGACCAAAAAUUUUUACGAAUUAAAAGCUUGCCACUUAAUGUUCCACAGAAAUCGCACUUAACGACACAAAUCAGCCAUUGUAAAUUUUCAAGAGGGUAGCAAGCAAAGGUGCAACAAAUAUCCUAAUGAAUAAGAUCGUUAUAUUUUGAAAACUGCCUUCAAAGGGACGGCAACUGAAGCCCAACGCAGAAUGCAAGUGGUGGAUUGCAAUCUGUUUGAAAUACUUGUCGACAAAGAAACGAGCGCAGUAUACUGAAUACGAUCAGCUAAGUACACUUAGAGACAGCCAAAAUAAUACACCCAACAUUUCGUGAGA